UCUCAGGAGGCACUUUGUCCUUUUACAGUACACACACUCGUUCCCUGCUCUCUGUUUCUCAGGGCACUUUCAAUUUUCACUGAUUCGACUACAUGGAAGAGAUGGAUGUGGAUGUGGAAAUCAGCUCCCUGAUCAACAAGGUGGAAUUAAAGGAGAGUUUGGAGAGAGCUGAGCAGGAGAGGCCAAAGUGUGACAAUGUGGCAAUCAGUGAUAUGAACGCAGUGGAUCUGGAAAAGGAGAAAUACAGGGAGCCAGCUAAAAGCAGCAGAUUCCUGGCAGUGAAGGGUGAAGAAAGAGUGAGAAAGACUUCAAGGGACCUGCGUCAAGAAAUAAUCGAUCUCGGAGGAAUCGAAAAUUUAAUUCAGCUUCGAAAGAGAAAGAAGAACAAAAAGAAAAUCCCAGCUCCAGAGCCGGAGAAGGAACCAGAGGAAAUUACUGGUCCAGUUGAGGUGCCAGUGUUUUUGAGUGCUGCGGUACAAGGAAAGAUUAAGAUCAUCGAGAAGUACCUGACGGAUGGAGGCUGCCCUGAUGCCUGUGAUGAGUUUAAGCGGACUGGCCUGCACAGAGCUUCUCUAGAAGGUCACACCGAUAUUGUAACCAAACUUCUUGAAGCGGGAGCGACUGUGGACUUCAAGGAUAGGCUUGACUGCACUGCUGUUCACUGGGCCUGCCGAGGAGGGAAACUGGAGGUGCUUAAGAUCCUCCUGGGAAAAGGAGCUAAUGUGAAUGUUACUGACAAGCUGCUCAGUACACCUUUACAUGUUGCUACCAGGACAGGACAUGUGGAAUGCGUGGAGCACCUCAUCGCUUGUGGCAUUGAUAUCAACAUCAAAGACAGGGAGGGGGACACAGCGUUGCAUGAUGCUGUCCGACUUAACCGAUACAAGAUAACAAAGCUGCUCAUUUUACAAGGAGCUGACCUGAGGGCCAGCAAUGAGCAGGGCAAGACUCCAGUUGACCUGGUACAGCAAUGGCAUCUCGAAACUAAAGAUGCACUGGUCCAUGCACAUUAGCAGCUAACCAUCGCAAUUGAAAACAGGAUGAACCUUCAAGAUUGGAAAUAUUUUUGAAACUGUUGAGCCUACACUUGGGUCAUGCUUUAUCUUCUGGUUUCACCAAUGGUCACAGGUGGUUUGAUACCACACCAUGAGUCUGGAUUCAAGAGAAGGCAAAUUCAAGAAACGUCUUUAGGCCUAGGCUUCAAUGUAACACUAUUUAUUAUUCCUUUCACUCUAAAUACUGCUAUACAUGUAGUCAUACAAAUGCCAGGCUCUGGA